AUGACUGCUUUCUCAGAACCACCGACACAUAAAAAUGAAAAACUUGAACAAAUGAUUAAUGAGCAAAAAGAAAAAUCCAGUGUCGACUUUACUGGUGAAGAUUUGACGGACGAUGAUAUGACUAUCGUGGCUUAUUAUCUUUUACAAAAUAAUACGACACUGACACAACUCUCCCUUGACAACAACCAAAUCGGAGACGAAGGUGCACAAGUUCUUGGUGAAGCCUUACAAAAAAAUACAACACUCAAUCAACUCUCCCUGCCCACGAAUCAGAUCGGCGAGAAAGGUGCACAAGUUCUUGGUGAAGUCUUACAAAAGAAUACAACACUCACACAACUCCUCCUCUUCAACAAUCAAAUUGGAGAUAAAGGUGCACAAGCUCUUGGUGAAGCCUUACAAAAGAACACAACACUCACAAUAUUGUCGCUCGGCAACUGUCAAAUCGGAGAGAAAGGUGCACAAGCUCUCGGUGAAGCUCUACAAAAGAACACGAAGCUCGCAGAACUCUCCCUCGACAACAAUCCAAUUGGCGAGAAAGGUUCACAAGCUCUUGGUGAAGCCUUAAAAAUGAACACAACACUUACACAACUCCAUCUUCACUGCUGUCAAAUCGGAGACAAAGGCGUACAAGCUCUUAGUGAAGCCUUGCAGAGAAACGCAACACUCACACAACUGUGGCUCACCGAAAAUCAAAUCGGAGACGAAGGUGUACAAGCUCUUGGUGAAGCAUUACAAAAGAACACAACUCUCACAGAACUUCACCUCCAGUAUAAUGCAAUCGGAGACAAAGGUGCACAAGCUCUUGGUGAAGCACUACAAAAGAACGCAAAACUUGCAGUACUCUGGCUCUAUCGAAAUCAAAUCGGAGACGAAGGUGCACAAGCUCUUGGUAACGCCUUAGAAAAAAAUACUACACUCACACAACUUCACAUCCACUACAAUCAAAUAGGAGACAAAGGUGCAGAAGCUCUUGGUACAGCCUUACAAAUGAACACAAUACUCGCAGAACUCUCCCUCUCCAACAAUCAAAUCGGAGACAAAGGUGCACAAGCUCUUGUCGAAGGCUUAGAAAAAAACACAAAUGCACUGUUAUUACGAUUCGUUGAUCUAGGAUUUAAUGGAAUGACAUCUACAACAUUGCUUAUUGUGGAUGACGAUAGUUCUUCAUUUUUCUUUGCUUGA